AUGAAGGAAGAAGAGAAAAUAGUAGAAUACAUUCAAAGAGUAGAUGAAACUAUAAAUACUAUAAUAGGAAUCAAAGAGGAAGUCAAAUUUGAAGUCAUCAUCAAAAAGGUGCUCAGAUCUCUCAAUCCAAAGUAUGACACCGAAGUCUCAGCCAUUGAAGAAGCUAAAGAUCUGACCACCUUCUCUAUGGAUGAACUAUUUGGCUCUAUAUCAUCCUAUGACAUGAGAACAAUAAGUGGAGAAUUGUCAAAGAGAGAGGCAACAAUAAACAUAUACAAGAAAGGAAUAGAAGAAGUUGCUCAUGAAAAAAAAGAUGAUUCUGAUGUUGUUGUAGAUAACUUUGUCAAAAAAUCGAAAAGGGAUCAAGCAAGUACAAAGAAGACUGCAAUACCAGCACAAGCUGAGCAGCCAGAGACUAAGAAAACAACAGAGGAUAAGGGAACUAACACAGAGCAAUCAGAAUCAGAGAAACCGACAGUUGAAGAGGCACUUGUACAGACUGAAAAAUCAAAAGAAGAGGUACAAACACAGAUAGAGGAACCAGUAGAAAUUGUAAGUAAAGUGGAAGCAAUUGAUGGAAAUAAAGAGCAAAUAGUGAAGGUAAUUGGACAAGCAUCUGUUGAGAGGAAACCCAUAGCAGAAGCAAGCACAUCUACAGAGACUAAAUCUGAUUCAGAUAUUCACAAGGCAUUGAAGAAAGGUGAAUUUUCUAAAGUGAUCCGGAAAUCCCAAUUUGAUGGUGAGAAGGAGGAGCCAAAGAAGAAGAAGGCAACAUCUAAUCCUAUCCUGGCAAGAAAUCCUAAGAAAGGAAAGAAGACAAAAUCGGAUCUAGAUGAGGUUAUAGAAUCUGAGACUAAAUCUGAUUUAGAUAUUCACAAGGCAUUGAAGAAAGGUGAAUUUUCUAAAGUGAUCCGGAAAUCCCAAUCCAAUGGUGAGAAGGAGGAGUCAAAGAAGAAGAAGGCAACAUCUAAUCUUAUACUGGCAGGCAAGCCUAAGAAAGGAAUGAAGACAAAAUCAGAUCUGGAUGAGGUUAUAGAAUCUGGUAAGAUGAAAUAUUCUAAAAUAGAGUAUCAUAUUAUUCCUCUGUUACUUAGGACUUAA